AUGGCCAACAUCUCUGGGUCAGUUCCUAUUCAGAAGCCGACUCUGGAGUCACUUAGCCCCAAACCGUCGUCAGUGGACGAGCUCCCAAAUGGUACGUAAUCCAGAUCGUCCUUUUUCCGGCGCAAAAGCCAUUCAUAAGGAUCCGCACCUGCCGCAAGGCUCUUCGUAGCGAAAUAAAACUGAAAUUCAGAAGCUGUUUGGCGCGCGAUUUAAAUGUUGGACAGCCGGCUGUCGAGCAUUCGAACGUCUGGUGUUCCAUUAAAACACGGUUUUUGUAAUGUUGGAGCGCAGUGUCGACGUGAAUUUCAGACUUGUUAAACUGAAACUAAAUUUUCGAAUAUUAGUGCCUACCACACAAUAAGUAAUUUUCUGUUAAAAAGUUACCGUAACCGGGUGGUACUGUAAGUGAAAGGCAUAUUUUAUAUUAUGAAACAGACACGCAAGGUGCAAACGGAUCUUAAAAUCGUUUUUACCGUACUCGGAAACCAUUUUUUGUAAACUAGUCCAAGUCGGGAAAAUUUUGAAUAUGCAUGGUUUUGUCACCAAAUUCAGUUUUUGUCUAAUAAAAAAAAUAAUAAGAUUCCCAGUUUCUGGAUUUUGAUCUUUACGGUUCGAAUGAGCCUAAAAAUUCCAAAAUAUGAUUCGACACGGAAAUCUGAAAUUCACGUCGGCACCAUGGUGUUGUCUCGAUCGAGGCUUAGAAAAACCGUAUUUUAAUUCCUCUGUUUCAGGAGUGGUCGAUGUGGCACAAACAAUCUUCCAGAAAUUAGGAAAACUCAUGGGGUACUCCGGGAAUUGCCUUAAUAAUGGGUAUAAGGCUCCCAAUGGGGAGUGUUUGUGCAAACAACACUUUUUUGGGGAUCGAUGUGAACUCGUUGAAUGUUUGAAUAACGGAACACUGGAUCGGCAUCCGGAUCCGGAGCAACGGAAAUGCAUGUGAGUUGUUUAUUUUUUCAAGACGAAGUAAUUCUUGAUGAUUACAGAUGUCCUAGUCCAAAAUAUAUUAGUGGACGUCAUUGUGAAAUCGUGAGUUGUGAAAAUGGAGGCCGUGAUCUGGGUAAUGGUACCUGUAAAUGCAUUGACGACUGGUACACGGGACAGUUCUGCGAAGUAAGCAUAGCUUUUUGACAGCACGAAUAUUUGCAGUUCUAUUCCUCCUCCUGGCUAGCCGUAUUAGGAAUUCCAUUGGUGUGUCUCGUACUUAUCAUUGGAUGCUGCGUUUUUUGUCGGGCUGAUUUCUUCUCCAAGCCACGUGAAGGUAAGUUAAAAAAGUGCAGGGAUUGAAUAAUUUAUAGAACCCGAACAUCGGCGGAGGAAUCGUCGCCAUUCAACUCCUAGACGCCAACAAGUCGCAGUUCCUCCAAACCCUACCUCAACCAGACCGGUGAGACCAGUGGCAAAUCCAGAAUACAACAUAGCUCCCCCACCGACCUAUAUUGAACCGUCAAACAUUUCGGAUAUUUUCAAAACUUUCGAACCUCCUCCUUCCUAUGAUAUGGCGAUACAAUGUAGAGUCAUAUCCACCACCAGUCUUCCCACCUCAAAUCAAAACGCUUUAACUGUUCAAUCCUCUGCCUCACUGGGUGUUCCAAAUACCAUGGGAGACCCAGAUAUUAGCCCCAAUCUGCCUAAUAAUUCAAUUGUGCAUAACCGCGAUAACGCUGAUUUAAACUCUCCUCCGAAUGCUUUAAUCCCCUUACCCCUAUCUGAUCUCAGGCCAAACAUACGACAGGACACCGACUAUGCAUAA